AUGACAUUACUAUUAUUACCAUUCAUUAAAAGACAUGGCUCGUACUACCCAAACCCAAGACAGCCGUUGAUUUCAUUCCACACCCAACAACCCAAAUCUCAUCCUAACAUCUCCACCAUUAAAACCUUAGUUCAAGGUGGCCAUUUCAUCCAAGCCCUACAACACUACACCAACCUUUGGAACAAUGGCCACAAGCCUGAUAAUUUCACCUUCCCUUACAUUCUCAAAGCCUCUUCCCAACUCCCACACCCCACCAUUGGACUCUCCAUCCAUUCCCAUGCCAUUAAAACUGGCUUCCACACUGACCUCUUUGUGGGCAACAGCCUAAUCCUCUUCUACGCCCGGUUCGGCUACUUAGAUAUCAUGCACCGACUGUUCGAUGAAAUUCCUCAGAAGAAUAUUGUCACAUGGACCGCUAUCAUCUCCGCAUACUCCCAGAACGGUCAAUUCAGCUAUGCAAUUGAACUGUUUCAUGGCAUGCUGGUCGCAGAUGUUAGACCCAACUCUUUUACCAUGGCCGUGAUUCUUGGCGGCCUCUGUUGCAACCAAGGAGCAAUGCAAAUCCAUGGAUUUAUGAUAAAGUGUGGUUUUGAGUCUGAUGUCAUCAUCUCGACAGCUCUGAUCGACUCAUAUGCCAAAUGUGGGAACGCCAAAUUCGCCUGCGGUUGUUUCAGUGAGAUGACUCAGAGAAAUCUAGUUUCAUGGAAUGCAAUGAUUUCUGGAUUUAACCGGAGUGGGAACACUCAAGCAGCAUUGUAA